CAUGAAGUUGUUUUGUUGGGUUAAUAGGUUAAUAUCAUAAUAUGUAUCCUUCCUUGCCAUAACAUAACAAAAAUAAGUUAGGUAGGUGACGGGUGUUAAUAGGCAUUAUAUCAUUCGAAUACCGUAGCGAGUAUACGAGAACGUUUUAUUGUACUGUAUUUAUUAUUUAUCGCCAACCUGACAAGAGGAUUGUUUAACCGACUAGCUUAACUUGGGGAAUUAUCAGAAAUAGACUAGGCCUCUUGGUCUAUCUUUUUAUGUAGGAAAUUUGAAUGGUCUUGGUUGGUAAUUUAAACAAGCUGAUAAAUACUUGAUCUGUUAUUUGCCAGUGUUACCAGUAAGUCUUGGACCAAUCUCAGUGACAAAAGACUCUUUAAAGGGAUAAUAAACAAUGGUUAAAGAGCUUGGCGGAAAGGUUUAUGUCCUCUCAGUAAUUUUGUUUUCCUUCUGUGAAGGUCAGUUAAGACCAAACAAAGAACUGGAUAAGCAUUUAACCAGCCUGAAGCUACCUCCUUGUCAAGCCUGUAAAAUGGUAGCAGAUUCUUUUUUGAAGGGUAUGGAACGUACUGAAAGAAGUCAUUUCGGCGGAGGAGAUACAGCCUGGGAAGAAGAAAAAUUAGGGUCAUAUGCAACUAGUGAGGUACGACUUGUUGAGAUUCAAGAGCACUUGUGUGAAGACGAAAGGGCCAAAGACCAGUGUUUGACCUUAGCUGAAGACUGGGAUGAACAUUUGGAAACGUGGUGGUGGACUGGGCAGAAAACAACUCCCGACUUGGUCCAAUACUUGUGCAUCGACACAAUGAAGUACUGCUGCCCCAUCGGACAUUUUGGUAUCAACUGUGAUCCUUGUCCAGGAUAUCCUGACAGAAUAUGCAACAACAAUGGAAAGUGUAAGGGAAAUGGUACAAGGAAGGGCAAUGGUCAGUGCAGUUGUUAUAAGGGUUAUAUUGGCAAGUUCUGUGACAACUGUGACGUUGCUUACUAUGCUGCGUAUAAGGAUGAGGAAAAACUACUAUGUUCAAAAUGUCAUGCUGCUUGCCAAGGGGCCUGUACUCAAGCUGGUACCAAAGGUUGUCUGGUGUGUGCUGAAGGAUGGUUGAUGGACUCGGAGAGAGGUUGUGUUGAUAUCAACGAAUGUUUGGAUGACAAAAUACCUUGCAGCAAGAACCAGUUUUGUGUCAACAAUGAGGGUUCUUACUCUUGUUUAGAUUGCGACCCGUCUUGCAACGGUUGUUCUGGCGAUGGACCCGAUAUGUGCGACGAAUGUGCGUCUGGCUACGUUCUGAGGGAUAACUUGUGUGUUGAUUCCAAGGGCCAAGAUGUAUACUCCAACAUGACCAGAUACCUGACCUACCUCGGGCUUACUGUAGCCACUUGCAUAAUUUUCCAGAACAACCCCACAUUAGCCAGUGGGGUGGGAUUAUGUGUCGCUCUCUACGUCACCGUAUCAGAAUACCUCAUCGGAUCUCUUUCCCCUUCCUCAGAUAUGUUAACCUCAUUUUUUAAGAGCUAAUGAGAAAAAGCAGUUGUCCUCUGAACCAAAGUUUGUACAACACAACCCUUCAGUAUUUCUCAACAGUAGACUUCCUUAAUCUAAAAGACAAGUUUUAUUUGUCAAUUUGUAAAUGUAUAAAGAAUUUCCGGUCUACCAAACAUACAGCCUAUUUUUUACUCGUAUUUAGAACUAUAGAAUAAAAAAUAUUUGGAAAAAAUAAUCAUAAUGCAAAAAAUUAACAAAAAAAAAACAGUGCAGUGAAGAUUUAGGAACAUGGAUUAUAGUCCCUGUUGUAACGCCAUUAUUAUAAUCUCAUACAAAAUGUUACCUUCAAUUGUAGCAAUAAAGGUCAAAAGUACUUAAAAGGUCAUUCCUAAGGUGCUUUAUAUAGAAAUCACCUUUUCUUUUGGAUUAACAAUUAAAUCUCUUAAAAGGCUGCUUAUUCUAACAAAACUUCCACUUUGAUUUUGAAAUGUAAUCCCAAGGCACCACUUUACUUGUAACCUGUCCUCCACUGCCUGAAUCCAGUUGGGCUACAGCAUCAUCAAUCAUGCUUGAGUCGCUUCCAGAAUCAAUCGUACCGCUAACCUUGAAACCAUUAGUUGUGACGAAUGUGUUCACUUUGGAUUGAUGUGAGAUGGGACGAGUAAUUAUACGCAUAUAAUUUAAAUAGCAGAAGUAGUUUUCUCUGAUUGAGACUAGAAAACUUGUUUAAAGUGGCUUGUUUUCCCACAAACAUUACAAAUUUUGUCUUUAGCUGGGCAGUUUAUGCAAGCAAGGUUAUCUCCACUGCCAACUUUGCAUUUCGCUUGAACCGCUCCUACAGCAGGAUUAUACCACUCUUUUUUUCAUUAAUGGCAGUGUCAUUAGUUGGUAAGUUGUUGCACAAGGAGUGAUAUGCUGAAUGGAGUGUAAUUGAGUUAUUUCAAAGCCUGAGCUUGGUUAGGAGCGUUUGUCAAAGUAAAAUUCUCAUUUUAUAGUAAGUGUUAUCUAACAACAGGAUUCAGUAAACCUCUAUCUGAAUCACCCAAUAACCUAUCAUAGAUCUCUGCUUUCCCUCUCCCCAGAUACACCCACUCAUGGUUGAAAUCUACUUCCCCCUGCCAACCUCCUGACUAUUCGAUCUUCUGUCCCAGAAUUUAUUGAAGCGGGGACAGUCCUUUGUUAGUUAUGCUACUGCGGGCUGAGAUAUUAUAUCUCUGGUCAAAUUAAAACACCUUUACUUCUCAGAAUGGCGGAAAUGUGUGAUUGAUCUAGCACGAGUAACAUAGUCUAACAAAUUGCUCACAACAAUAACAUCUAAAAACAAUUGACAACAGAUGAUAGCUUCAAUGAUGCAAGCAUUGAACUCCUAGUAAUUAAAAACUAGUCCUCCCCUCUAUAAUAAAUGGGUAAAAAGGAAAAUUUCAGUUUUGCAGCUCUCAGUCCCUGUUGUGAAAUUGUCAAUAACAGUAAGAGGAUGAAUAGUCAAUUGUGUAUAUUUGAUGUUAAUAAUAUAUGUUUUAAGUUCUUUUAAUGCAAUUUCUUAAUAGUUACUGACCAAUUUGCUGACAGUUAAACUAUAUGGGCUCACCAUUUUUCUUUGCUUAUUCAUGCUUUGGUAUUUUUUAACUAAUGCAUAAAGCUUGUCUCAUAAAUAUUUUUUUCAUAAUAUACUGUUCUAUCAUUAUUAUUGUGGUUGUGUUGCCCCAAAGUGUGAAACAUAACUGAAUAACAUUAAACUGAUAACCGAUGGAAAAAUAACACAACAAAGACUGAACUUUUGUAUUUUACCAUGUUUAAUAGCAAUUAUUUAUUCUGAUAUUUGAGUAAUGUUUUUUCUUUACUCUGGAAUAAUAAUGAACCAUUUCUAAUGGUCUUGAUUUCUCAUUAAGGACUAAUCUAGGAGGCUACUUAGUUUCAAGCUAAAAUAGUUAUUCAGAUCUUCAAACCUAUGUAGUUACUAAAACUAGUUGUAUAUUUUGUAAAUAUUCCAACUUUUAAUAAUGUGAUUCCCAUUGAGAUUACCUGCAAUUAUAGGAUAAAAUGAUAUCUUAGUUACAUUUAUAAUUUCACUGAGUUUUGGUUGUGUAAUACAUAUUGAUGGUCACAUAUUGUUUAUUAUUAGGUUAUUUAUUAUUUGUUUUCACUCGUACUUUGAAAAAUUGUAUUAAUAUUUGUAUUAAUUGAUUUUAUAAUUGUGUGGAAAAAAUUGACAUCAUAAAUCUUGAAUAUAUUGGAAUAAACACAAA